AGAAAAAGUUUGUUCACAUGUCACGUCACCAAAGAGAACUUGAUACAAAACGACACGAGAGAUAAUGAACAUAAAACUAAGAUACCAUGUCUUCACUGAAUAUGUCUGUAUUUUGCUGAGUGUUCUUCAAGGACUGACUGCUGAUGUAAAAUGGGAUCCUAGAGGAUAUAUUUUGUAUUGCCCGUGCAUGGGUAGAUUUGGUAAUCAGGCAGACCACUUUCUAGGUGCACUGGCCUUUGCAAAGAGCUUGGACAGGACACUUGUGUUGCCACCAUGGAGAACAUAUAAAAACAUCCCCUUUGAUGAAUGGUUCAAAGUGGGCCCUUUGGAAGAGUAUCAUCGUGUUAUUCUGGCCGAGGACUUUAUGGCGGACUUAGCUCCAACCCACUGGCCGCCAGAGAAGAGGCAUGGCUGGUGUUGGAUGCUGUCCAGUGACAAGGACCAGGCUUGCAAGAUGAAGGAAGGGAAUCCAUUCGGGCCUUUUUGGGAUGGACUGAAUGUUGACUUUGUUGAUUAUGUGAUCUACAACCUGGGGUACGACUACACACAGAGCUGGAUUGACAGUUAUCCAGCCAGCAAGUACCCAGUGAUGGCCUUCAAGGGAGCCCCAGCUUCCUUCCCUGUCAAAGAGGAGCAUGUGAAUCUACAGAAAUACGUUCACUGGUCAGAGAAGAUGAAACUAGAAGCCUUGGAUUAUAUCAACAAGAGUUUUCCCGGAGAGGCUUAUGUUGGUCUACACAUGAGAAAUGGUCAAGAUUGGGAGAAUGCCUGUGUACAUGCCGAGGGUCGGUCAGCCUUCAUGGCUUCCCCACAGUGUUUGGGCUACACAGGGAAAGGAAAGGUUACCAGGGAGAUGUGUCUGCCUCCAGCUGAAGAAGUUCUCAGGUUAACCAGGGAGGUUGUUUUGACAUCCAAAGCAAGAGUUGUCUACGUGGCGACGGAUAGAAACCCCAUGCUGCAGGAGUUAGAGGAACACUUGAAAGACCUUCAGGUGCAGAUAUUUUACCACGACCCAUGGCUACCUCAGGUUGAUCUUGCCAUUUUAGGUAUGGCUGACCAUUUUAUUGGAAACUGUGUAUCCUCAUUUACUGCCUUUGUUGCACGAGAAAGAAAGGUGAACAAGAAACCGACAUAUUUUUGGGGUUAUUCAUAGCAUUCGUCCAAAAUCUGGUUAUAUUUUUCUAUCUUUACAUUUACAUGAUUUAAUCUAUUUACCAAGACCUGCAUUUUUGUCUUGGGGUGAUAUGUAAGGUGAAUGGCUAUUGUGUGGUUGCUUGACCUUGCUUUUGCUUUGAGAAUGAAUCAGAUUGUUAUGGGUUUUGUGUUUUAUAUUUAAAAAGAAUGACUGUCCAAUUGUAAAUUAUUAUGAUAUUAUUGUUACCAUACCCAUAAUGCUGUGUGAUACAUUCCCAUAGUAUGUCAAUCUCUAUAAAAACCAAUCCUAGUUUCCGCUAAUGAGGUCAGUUCAUGUUAGAAUUACAUUUUACAAACUUUGACCGAAACAUGAAAUGAUUUGACAAUAGGUCAACAAUAACAAAUCAG